AUGCCCCCCAAGAAGCGAAAGAAUGAUAGUGAACCCACCCGCUUUUCCAAGAGGAAAAAGCAACAACAGCCCUCUCCUCCACCUGUCCCGGCACCGACACCACGAGCUAAACGGGGCCCUCGAGGAAAGCGCGGCAACCCAGCACCCACUGAGCAAGCCGUGCCACCCCCUCCUGCUGCUCGCGGUAACCCAGCACCCACUGAGCAAGCCGUGCCACCCCCUCCUGCUACUCCGUUGCCUGACGUCAAAGCCGGAGCGCCUCCCCCUAAACCGCCACGCGUCCUGCAGCCUUUUCCAAUGAAGGGGGUGCAGAUUGUUUCCCCCAACGCUGAGCUAUACAAGGCUGCCGAUGCCAUUUUGGCGAGGCAGUCUUCACCUGACCCUCCCAUGUUGUCUCUUUCGGAAAGAAUUCGUAUGUCUGGGUUGAAGCUACCGAAAAGCACGAAGAAGAGAGUUUACAAAACGCGUGCCCCUUCGAGUCCUUCUCACACGGACACGGACCCUAGCGGAUCAGAAAGGAUGGCAGCACGGGCGGAGCAAGCACGCAUUCAGAUGGAAAUAGACCACCAAUGUAUGAUGGCAGAGCAGGCGGAGCGGGAGGCGCAAGAGGCGGAGAGGGUCGUGGGGGGGAAGGAGGUGGAGAGGGAUGCGGGGCAGCAGGAGGUAGAGAGGGAUGCGGAGGAGGUGAAGCAAGAGUUGAAGAGCGAUGCGGAGGAGGUGAAGCGCAAGGUGGUGAAAGGGAAGCAGAAAGAGGUUCCAGGGCGAGUCUUGACCAGGGCAGAUCGUCGCGAAGGUGCCCAUGCAGUUGCGGUUGUCGCUGUGUCUCUGGAGCAGAAUGCCAGAGCAGCUCGAGCACAAGCCGAAAAAGAUAUGCUCCCAGCCUCUGAUCUUGCCGCAGACCGCCUUGAGCAGGAGGCCAGAGUUCUACGUUACCAGGCCAAUACUCUCUUGGAGCAAGCGGAGGUCCCAACAUCGGACAUGGAACCUCUUCCGCCAUCGCCAUUUCAACCCGCUCAACAUGCGCAGUCCAAGCUGAGAAAACAUGUUCCAGUAAAAAAAGAACCGCCCUCUCCGAAGGUAGAGCCCCCCAGCAGUCUCCCUCGCAAAGCAUUGCGCCCGUUGCAGGCAGUGGACGAAGGCGAAGGCGACGAGGAUGAGGAAGGCGACAAGGAUGAGGAAGGCGACGAGGAAGACGAAGGCGACGAGGAAGACGACGACGACGACGACGACGAUGACGAGGAGGAGGAGGAGGAGGAGGAGGAGGAGGAGGAGGAGGAGGAGGAGGAAGAAGAAGAAGACAACAACGAAGAUGAUGAAAACGAGGGCGACGAGGAAGAUGAUGAGCUGCAGUCCAGUGAUGUGGAUGGGGACCGGGAUGAAGUCGACGACGACGCCAUCUUCUCGGGCAAAGGGACUGCGCCCUCGGCGCUGACUCGCAAGAUGAUGCGCUACAAUGCCAUGGAUGACAGCGAAGACAGUGGCUCUGACUUCGCUCAAACCAGAGCACAAGCGAAGCGUCGUCGCGCUAAUAUUCGUCAUGGGUUGGCAUCGGACACAGAAAUGGAGGACGCGUCUGAGGAUUGCGAUCUUCAGCUUGAGGUUGUGGUCUCAAGUCCCGAGAAAGAACCGAGGCGGAGAUCGAUGCGCAGUGUCCUUACAGCAAAGGCGGCUGGAGCGCCCGCGGCACCCAAAGCAUCAUCCAUACAGCCAACAAAGGCACUGGCAGCCCCUACAGUCCCGCCAACAUCGUCCAGUCACCCCAAAUACGACCCUGCCGCCCCGCCUGCAUCGUCCCAUCACCCAGCAAAGGCAACGCCAGCCCCUGCAUCCCCUCCUUCAUCGUCCCAUCACCCAGCAAAGGUGACUGGCACCCCCGCGGCACCCAAAGCAUCAUCCAAACAUCCAGCAAAGACCAAGGCAGCCCCUGCAGCCCCGCCUGCAUCGUCCCAUCACCCAGCAAAGGCAAUGCCAGCCCCUGCAGCCCCGCCUGCAUCGUCCCAUCACCCAGCAAAGGCAAUGCCAGCCCCUGCAGCCCCGCCUGCAUCGUCCCAUCACCCAGCAAAGGUGACUGGCACCCCCGCGGCACCCAAAGCAUCAUCCAAACACCCAGCAAAGACCACGGCAGCCCCUGCAGCCCUGGCUGCAUCGUCCCAUCACCCAGCAAAAGCAACGCCAGCCUCUGUAGCCCUGUCUGCAUCGUCCCAUCACCCAGCAAAAGCAGCGGGCACCCCUGCACUGCCCAACCCUUACCCUGCACCAUCGAUGAGGGGUUCCAGCAGUCCUUCCACAGAUUCGACUGAGGACGACAGCGAUACCAAGGGCAUCCUCCCUCGCAUUGGAAAACGUGUCUCCAUGAAGUGCAAGGAAGAAGGUCGUCAACUUGGUUUGGCAAUGAAGGCAGAGGUUGCAAAGUAUGCAGAGAAAAAUAACAUAUCAUUCAAUACUGCUUUAAAGUUUUGCAAGAUCGAGCUGCCCACACCAAGAGGCAAUAUCUGGAAUGACUUUCAGUCCUGCCUUGCUCGCAGCAAAGAGCUUAACAAUGAGACGUAUGUGAAAUUUAAAGAUCUUGCUCAAAGUACCUACAAGGAAAGAAUGGAUCCAAAUCGACACACAGAGGAGGAAAUCAGAGCGUUCCGUAAGGAAAUCAAGGAGGCCAUAGCUGAGAUGUCACUCAGGCUUGACUGUCUUAAGCCAGCAUCAACAAGAGUCAAGGAUAUUAUCGAUGAGACCCGCGAUCGUACUGUUUUGACAUCUCUUAUGGAUAGGGAAGUGGGAUUGGUAUCCUUCAUCCUUUACCUUGGCGAGGAUCAAACGGCACGGCAGAUGAAUUCUGUUGUUGCAUCAUGCAACAUUGUCGAAACAAUGCUGAAGACACAAGGGAUGAUUGUCAAUGAAAUUUGCAAUGUCUUCUCAGACAUCUGCCGAGCAUCAUUUUCUCAGAACAAAUUGUCGCAAGGUUUACGGUUGGGUCUGCCUACCAAUAACAACAUCCUCAGUCCCUCAAAACAGACCAAAGCUUCACGACAACAACCACCACAUGAGUUGCAGUCACAGCGGGACACACAGGCCGAUGUUCAAGCCGAGGCGUCCAAUUCCAAAGGCAAAGGAAAAGCCAAAGAUACGUCGAAUGUUGGGCCACGGAGAUUGAAAAAUGAUAAGUAUUUCGCCGAUGAAGUUCUGAAGGACUUUAUGACAGAUUUAAUUGCGACGCAAUCCCUUGAAAAGCUCCAAGACAGUGAUGUGGUAUUCAUACGUCAACUUGUGGUUUUCGUUCUCGUCAAUGAAUCUUUGAAAUUUGUUCCUGCCAACUUGAUCCUUAACCGCGGGAAUUUCUCUUGGGCAAUGAUUGCUGCAAGGGCCAUAGACCAUCAAUACUGCCUGGUUUAUUAUCCAAAGGGGGUCCCCUACCCACAGUACUCCAAAUUCUCUGUCACCGGCAAAACACAGCUUUCCCAACUCAUCUCGGCGUUCUCUAAACCAUUCAGUGAACGGCUCCAGUUUGUCGCAUGGACAGAUGAGGACAAAGCUGCAGAGGUUGGAUCUGAAGCUUACGACAAUAUUGUUCUCGUCACAACAACUGGCAAGGAUAAUCGCGAGGAAGGGGCAUUGUAUCGAGUUGGAGAUUGCAAAGUCGCCAAGCAGGAGAAACACCCACGAAAAAAGAAGGGCUCGUCCAAAACCCUUCGGGUCGCGAGCCCUCCUGAAUGGCGCGAUCCAUCUCUUGGACCUCCUGGACCUCCUUCCCCUCCACCUCCCCCUGCUCCACAGCCAUUGCCCGCGUCUUCGCCUGCUUGUUUCGAAUUCGAGAAGUAUCGGAUCAUUACCCCUCGGUCUGAGCCUCAAGGAUUUCCAAAUGAGUUGUACCAGAUGGGGCAUGAAUAUCCCGAGAUCGCAGUUGUCCACAAGGAGGUUCCAAAGAAGAGGCCAGCGGAUGACCCCGGCAAUGGCCCUGAUCGUCAACGGAGGCUGCACGAUGAACGUCAAGAUCAGUUUCCACGCCGUCAAGAACAGCCAAGUCGACAACAACUGUAUCAGUAUCAGGAGGUGUCGGAGAAGUACCGCCAACCCCAGCCCCAGCCGACCGACCAAGGUUUGCCCGGUUAUCGUUACCGUGAAGGGCAUCGACCAAAUGGCAUGCAUGAUACACCAGAGUUGCGGGAUUAUUUUACAGGGCAUCAUUCCAAGCAAUCUGGAAAAGAUGUCCAGCAGAAGGUCCCCAAAGAGUAUCAGGCCUACUACAAGGCUUUAGGGGACCCAAAGCCCCGUGAACGGCCUAUCCAGCAGCAGCAGCCAUCUCGUCCCGAAAUUGGUGGGUUUUACUACCCAUCUGAAGGCCCGCCAUCUGCUCGCCGCCCAUCUAACCGCCCGGCUACAAUUGUUAUUGAUGAUUCUUCCCCGCCGGUUCCGUCAGGUCGUUUCUAUCAGAAAAGAUAUGUUCAAGAAGGAAUGGCUGGUCCUAGUAACGAGGUCUUCAGGAAGUGA